CAAGCCGGCCCUGUUGCUUGUGCAACAGUUGGACGGUCCAAAAUAUUAAAAAAAACUAAUAUAAUUAACCAGUUAAUUUGAGUAUGAAUGGUUAAUGUUAGAAUUCCAUGUUUUUCCAAUAAAACUGAAGGUAAAAAAUCGAAAAAAAUGGAAAUAAUCGCAAUGAUCAUGUCCUCCGGUUAGGUAAUGACCUGUCAAAAAACAUAAACAUAACCUUAUUGCAAAACAAUUUGUUUGUCAUCAUUUCUAACAGUUUGAAAUCGUCAAGUGCGAGUGUUAAACUCGGUUAAAACGUGCAAAAUGUCGAGUCCUCUGUUCGGUUGGGACCUUUUGCUGAAAAGCGUCGAGUCCGAGAUAAAAACCAACGAAGACAUCCUCCUCUGUUUCACGCACUUGGUGCUCAUCUCGAACGACUUUAAAUGCAUCGGUUUGGGCGAAUCUAAAAUCCUCGAUGGUUCCGAAACAAAAACUGAAGCCCUACCACCAGGUUGGACCGAAUCGUAUUCAAUUCGUUACGUCCACCAGGGCCGGCUUUACCUCCUCAAAGCAACCAAAGUUGACGAAGGCCUAAUGCUUAACUUGAUCCGUGUCGACGAACGCACCACCUCUCUCAUCCAACUCAAUACGGCCCUGGUGGCAAGUCGCACAGGAACCCUAUCUCAGAUCCUCCCCAAACACUCGGACAUCCUCCAACAGAUUAAAACCGAACUGAUUGAUAAAAUCGUUGUUUCGAAAAACACCAAAGACAAUUCGAGCCAAACACCGGCUGUUUCCAACCCGCCUCCGACUUCUCCGCCACAAGUUUCGCCGCUAUUUGUGGACCCUAUGCCACGUGCGGGGCCUGUGGGAGUGGGCGAAUACGAUUUGAAUCCUUUCGGACGGAAUCCUUUGGCUUUUCCGGCACCUAUGGGCGGUGGUGGCAUGCUUUUUGAGCCGCCCAGAGGUGGGAGAUAUCCACAAGGACCAGGGCUGGGAAUGCCCCCAGGUGCUGUACCCCCAGGGGCAAGAUUUGACCCGUUUCGACCACCUGACGUCGAUAGGUUUCCCAGACGGCCGAAUAAUCGGCCCGAUAAUGACGAGUUCCCACCGCCCGGUUAUGACGAUAUGUUUAUGUAAAGAAAUAAAUUGGUGAUUGUAAGUUAA